AUGAACAGCAACGCUGUAUUAUAUACUCACCCUCUCGACCCAGGAAAUGAUAUCACCCGCAAAAAUUCAUUCUUAAAUCUAUAUGCCUCAUGCAACGACGCCAACACCUCAAACAUUGAUAAGGAUUUCAAAAAGUAUGGAUUAAAGGGUGGGCCAGCUAUAAAACUCGCUGAUGAAUCCAAGAUUCUCAAGGCCAAGCCGAAGCGUUCGUUCUCCUCGUACUGCAGUUUGAAAGAAGUUCUGACAAAAUAUGGCAUAGACGAUAAUCGAAUUACGGCCAUACCUCAGUUCACGCCAAUCACGCGCCUUACCGAGAAUAGGGUUACUCUUAAUUCCUCAGAAGUAUCCGGUGGCGAAAGUCAUGGUCGUGUCGACUAUGCGGUUAAGAAAAUCGUAGACACCACGGUGGAAGACAUCAGACGCGUAACCGAGGGCAAGCAAAAUCAACCGCAAGAGUCCGCCGCCGCACGAAACAGAGCCGUGGGAAGUAGCCGCCGUCGCUGUCGCCACUAUUGA